AUGACGACGGCAGAUGAAGACUUGUUUCUUGGUGUGGACCUUAGCACUCAACAGCUGAAGGGAAUUGUUCUCAAUGGCAACGACAAGGUGAUACUACGUCAUGGUGUUAACUUCUCCAAGGAUUUGCCGGAAUUCGGGACAACUGAUGGAAUUCUUAAACAAACGGAUGGUUCCAUAGUCUCCCCCGUUUUGAUGUGGGUAAAAGCAUUCGAUUUACUACUGAAGCAAAUUCAAUCACAAGUUGCUAUGGAGAACAUUCGCUGUAUUGGAGGCUGUGCACAGGUAGAUUUGCUAAGUCGAGAAUCAAAAGCUGCUUGUUUUUUGUAUCAAAUCGGGGUUCUCGUAGAUCGACAGUGCGCUGAAUGAAA